GAAACAAGUUACUCAACUUGCAAAUUCUCUUGGUUAUUGCUUGAAUCGAACUGUGAUACCUCAAUGGUCUUAUUGGUUCUGCCCACACAGCUAUUAUAAUUGGAUUCCUUCAAAGGAGAUUUACAGAUAAUUUCUUCAUGCACGAAAUUUUUCUUAAGCGCUUGUUUAGAAGUACUAGAAGUCAUGUCCUUACUUCCCAUUCUGUUGGCUCUAGAUCUUCUCUGUCUCUUAUUCUCAGGAACCUCUUGUACUCUCUUUUCGAUUUUCUCUAUCUUUGAAGACUGAAUCUCAACUGUCUUUGGAGUUUCAUCGGAAUCUGAUCCUUCAAAAGAGCUUUCAUCUUCAUAAUUAUUUUCACAAAUAUAGUCCAGUCUGGAUACCUUGCUGUCGAGAUGUGUAUUCUCCCAAGCUUUAUUGACUAUCUUCUUCACUGCUUGUUCCUCCAUGAUGCUCUGCUGGCUGUGAAGUUUAGGCUUUGUCCUAUUCUCUGCUGCUUUCUUCCUCAUUUUCUUCGUCUUCUCCUUCAAUUUUUCAGCCUUUUGCCAAGCUUCAGACAUAAUCUGGGAAAACAUCUGCUCUUCUUGGAUAGAGUCCUGACUUCUGAGAGCUGGCUUCUUCGGUUUAUUGGCAGAUUUCUUCCUCUUGGCCUUCUGCUUAUCCUUCUUCUUCUUUAGAUGAUCAGCUUCGACAAAUGCCUUGCUGACGAUCUGGUUCACAAGAAUUUCUUCAUUGAUAGAUUCUUGAGUCCUGAGUGGAGGUCUUUUGGGCUUCUUGGUCUUAGCAAGUUGCUUCUUUUGCUUUUCCUUCUCUGCAUUGAUCCAAGCUUUCUGCAUGACACACUGGAGUUCAGCAUCAGUGAUGGUCUCCUUCUUCUGAAGAGGUGCUUUAGCUGGCUUCCUCUUCUUUUCAGCAGUUGAAGGUCUGGAAUAUUGCUUUUUACUUGCUAAAAGUCUUGAACUGCUUCCAUAUUUCUUCCUGGCUUCGAUGAUUCUGUUUUCCCGCUCUUUCCUCUCAUCUUCCUGAGCUUUAUAGGUGUUUGCCUUAGAUUUGGAAGCUUUUAUUGAUCUAUCAAACUCGCUAGUGUUUGACCUCUCUGUCAUACAUGCCAUCGAAGGUGAGCUGACUACUCUGGUAGAACUCAUGAAGCUUCUCUCUUCUUCAAUUUGAGAAUUAUGACUGACACAGGUACUUUUACGACCAACGUCGAACUUUCUUGUCUCAGUAGGAAGAAUUUCUGGAGUUGAGCAGUUCCGUUCUUGAUUAGAGGCUUUUCUUUUGAAAUAAGCAUGCUGGAUUAUCAAUGCUUUUGAAUUUAAAAUAAAAAUAUUCUUCUCAUAAAUCCUGAACUCAAAGCUGAGGUCCAUUAAGCAUCGAUUGUACUCACCAGGUGCAUAUCUGACCUGGCUCCAUCUCUCAAUUGCAUACCUAAUUCCUACCUUUCCUUCCAAGUUCCUCACCUCCAAGCCCCUUAGAGCAUUGAUGCUA